UGGCCCUGAAGGACGGCGAUGGAAUCCUCCGUGUCCUGAGCUGAGCCCGCUGCCACCUCCCUGCUCUGCUGGGAGAAACCCAGCCCAAGGGACAGUGACCUCACGGAGUGGCUUCAAACCCCCCUCUCCCUCCAGGAUUGCUCCAAGCGCUGUGAGCGAUCCCGGGGAUGGGGUCGGUGCCGUUCGCCUUCCCCUCCGUGUCCAACCCCCUCCUGGGGCUGGGGCAGCUCUGCCAUAUCUGGAGCAAGAGUUUCCUGCUCGCCUUUAGUGCCUGCACCAGAGAGACUUUGUCCUCACAGCCCAAGGAUCCUGAGGAGACCUCGGCGAGCAGCGAGAGCGCUGCCCCGGGGCGCGGUGCAGAGCGCAGGGCAGAGCCCCUAGGGCCGCCAUCACUGCCCCGGGGAGGCUGAGGGGAAGCCUCAGGGAACCCCGGGCUCCUGGUCCCCGGGGGCUUGGCUGGCAGAUUCCCGCCUGAACACCGUGAGGCUCCGGGGCUGAGGGUCCCGUCCCCAUCCUCUCCCCAUCCCCUCUGUCCCCCCGACCCUCCCCAGCGGGCUCAGCCCCGGAGGCCUCCCGCCCCGCCUGCCAUAGAGGAAGGGUAGAGCGUCGCCACCGGAAGCGCCGCCAUCUUAGGAGCGGGCGGUGAGGCCGUGGUCGGCGCCGCCGGGCAGAAGAAGGAGGCGGCCGCGCUGUCAGCCUCACUCGGCAAGCGGGCGGCUGCACCUCCGCCCGCCUUGGAGGGAGAGUUUACCGCGGUUUCCAACCUCUACCUCAGCACCACGGGGCUUGCAUGACUCUGUGGCGAUGAACGCAGCCAGAAGUGGCUACCGGGUCUUCUCGGCCAACUCCACGGCAGCCUGCACCGAGCUGGCAAAGAGGAUCACGGAGUAGCAAAAGAUGGGGGACUGCUGGCUUUCCCACUGCCUGGUGUUUGCUGGGCAGGUCAGUUGAGCCUUUUAGUAGAGUUGGAGCAACCUUACAAGGGCGUCUCGGUGCUGAGCUGGGGAAAUCUGUGGUGUACCAGGAAAGCAAUGGAGAAACAAGAGUUGUAAUCGAGGAAUCUGUCCGGGGACAGGAUAUCUUCAUUAUACAGACAAUCCCCAGAGAUGUGAACACUGCUGUCAUGGAGCUGCUGAUAAUGGCAUAUGCACUGAAGACCUCCUGUGCCAGGAACAUCAUUGGGGUCAUCCCUUACUUCCCCUACAGCAAACAGAGCAAAAUGAGGAAGAGGGGCUCUAUAGUCUGCAAGCUGCUGGCUUCAAUGCUGGCCAAGGCAGGUUUAACACACAUUAUCACCAUGGACCUUCAUCAAAAGGAAAUCCAAGGUUUCUUCAGCUUCCCAGUAGACAACCUGAGAGCAUCCCCUUUCUUGCUCCAGUAUAUCCAGGAAGAAAUUCCAGAUUACAGAAAUGCAAUCAUUGUAGCCAAAUCACCUGAUGCAGCUAAAAGGGCUCAGUCCUACGCUGAGAGGCUGAGGCUGGGGCUGGCAGUGAUCCAUGGAGAGGCUCAGUGUCCAGAGCAGGACAUGGAUGAUGGACGUCACUCCCCUCCCAUGGUCAAAAAUGCAACUGUGCAUCCUGGUCUGGAGCUGCCAUUGAUGAUGGCCAAGGAGAAACCACCAAUAACUGUGGUUGGAGACGUUGGAGGAAGAAUUGCUAUCAUUGUGGAUGACAUCAUCGAUGAUGUGGAAAGUUUUGUAGCUGCUGCAGAGAUCCUGAAGGAACGUGGAGCCUACAAGAUUUUUGUGAUGGCAACUCAUGGGCUCCUCUCAGCAGAUGCCCCUCGUCUCAUAGAGGAAUCCCCCAUUGAUGAGGUGGUAGUCACCAACACAGUUCCUCACGAGGUCCAGAAGCUGCAGUGCCCCAAGAUAAAGACUGUGGAUAUCAGUUUGAUUCUCUCUGAAGCCAUCAGACGAAUCCACAACGGGGAAUCCAUGGCCUAUCUGUUUCGCAACAUCACUGUCGAUGAUUAGACCUGGCACUGCCUCUCUCCUGGCUUCCACAAGAAAAGGAAACAUGCAUGAAAAGGCAAUACCAUAAAUUCUAGGCAUAGUGCAGCUGUUUAUUCUUGUAGGAUCAUGAAGGUUUUCAGCAUCUUGAGCCAUGAGAUCUAGUAGGAAAAAAAAAAAAUCAACCUGACCAGCACUUUACAGGUGUAUAGAAGAGUCCACUGGCAGUGAGGGAGGAUUAUAUCCUAAUUAAGAUAGGUGGAGAAAUGGUGUUGAAUUUGUAAGUUCCUUUAAUUUGGUUUUAUUUUUUUCUUAGUGUGUUAUCUCUUGCCCUGUAGGGGGAGAAAGAAAAGCAAAAAAGUAGCUGUUGGCUUAUGAGAAAAGGAGUAGAGAGGGAGUGCUCACUGCUGCCUGUGGGCAGCAAGGAGACAGCCUUUGGGUGUCUGACUGUGCCUGGGAGCACAGAAGGGAGUGCUCUGUGCUGCUGGCAGAGCUGAGUGGCUCCUUGCCAGCCCAGUGGCCUCUCAUCUCCUGCACAGCCCAGCACAGCAAGGACUUCUACAGAACUCAGCAGAACAUCCUGACAGGGCAGCUUAGGGCAACCCCAUUCACAGGGCUGCCCGUGUCCUCCUGUCAGGGAGCUGGGAACAAGCUCCUGUGUGUCUCCCAGCAGGGCAAGGGGGUUCUAGUUAAUGCCUUUUCAUUUUGCAAGCCUUGGAUCAUUAUUGUUCUUCAGUGGCAAGUAGCAGGAGGGUCCAGGUCCUUACUUGAACACUUGUCUGCACUGCAAAACCAGGCACAACUUCUGGAGUUGCCUGGGGCUGGUGAGUUGUGGCAGUCAGAACCAUGUCUGUUGCCAAUGCAGCUGUGCUCUGCAAAACACUAACACUGAACCUGCAAUAAAAAGUGUAGGAUUUUUCA